AUGGGUGUUCACUUAGAUGAGAGUUUAGCAAAUGCUCAACAUGGAGUAUAUACCUUUCGGGCUCAAGGUUCUAUAUAUCAUAAGAUAGGUGGGUUACUUCCAUCCGGCUCACAAGCUCGACCACGCUUCCUCCAGAUGUAUAUAUACGACACCGAACAUGAGCUUGAGCAUCGUCUUGCAGAGAAUAACACAUUGCAUCGAGAUAUUAUUGAAAAGAUUAAGUCCAUUCUCGAUCGAUGCAAUCCUUUUGUUCAUAAUCUUCGAAGAUUAGCGCAACGACAAGACAUACAGAACUGUGCACUUCGUAUCAAUGAACAACCUUCAAAUCGACCACAAUAUUGCCUUCCUACUGCUUCUCAAGUUGCUGCGGUGAUUGUUGGUGGAGAAGAAGUUGCGAACUUAAAUCCUAGAGAUAUUUUAGUUGAGUCAAAUUCUGGUCAGUUAAUGACUGUGAUGGACACGGCCGGAUAUUAUGACCCCCUUCAAUAUCCUUUACUCUUUCCAUAUGGUUCUUAUGGAUGGUCGAUUAAUAGUCUUGACAGUACUGGAAGAACCAUUCCUUGCCGAGCUUUCUACGCCUAUCUCUUCCAAAUACGAUUACAUGUCAUAUCCAUCAUCUUAUUAGCAGGGAGAUUAUUACAACAAUUUGUUGUUGAUAAUUUUGUCAAAAUUGAGGCUAAUAAGCUGAGAUGGUUUAGAGACCAUCAAGAUACCAUAAGAGCUGAAUUGUACCAAGGCUUACAAGAUUGUUUGGAUGCAGGAGAACUUAACCCAGGUUUCACAAAAUAUACUAAUCCCACAUCAUGGUUACCAGUAAAUGCCGGUAAAAAAACAAUAUUGCCUUCUUCGUUUGUUGGAAGUCCACGAGACAUGAACCAAAGAUACCAAGAUGCAAUGGCAUUAGUUCAACAUUAUGGAAAGCCAGACCUAUUCGUGACUAUGACAUGCAACCCAUCAUGGAGAGAGAUUGUGGAAGAGUUAUUGCCUGGUCAAACAUCACAAGAUCGCCCUGAUUUAAUCACUAGGAUAUUUCAUGCAAAAUUUGAGGAGUUCAAAAGUGAUGUUGUCGAUAAAAGUGCCCUUGGAAAGGUUGUGGCAUAUGUGUAUGUCAUUGAGUUUCAGAAAAGAGGUUUUCCACAUGUCCACAUGUUACUGAUAUUGGAUGAAAAUGACAAACCAAGAUCACCUGAAGAAUAUGACAAAAUCGUGAGAGCUGAGAUACCUGAUAGAGAUGAGGAGCCACAACUAUAUGAUGCUGUUCUUAAACAUAUGAUCCAUAACCCCUGUGGCGCUGGACACCGAAAUUCAUCUUGCAUGGAGAAUGGAGUUUGUAAAAGAAAAUUUCCUAAACCAUUUUCGGCAAGAACUAUCCAAGGUGAUAACUCCUACCCUAUUUAUCGUCGUCGUGGUGAUCUCCCUGCGGUACCUUUGCAUGAGAAUAGCACAACAUAUGUUGAUAAUAGUUGGGUUGUUCCGUAUAAUCCAUGGCUGCUACUAAAGUAUGAUUGUCAUAUCAAUGUAGAGAUUUGUAGUAGCAUCAAGUGUGUCAAAUAUUUGUACAAGUAUGUGCACAAGGGUGUCGCUCGUGUUUCUAUGGAAGUUCGAACAGGAACAGAUACCAACGAGAUUCAACAAUUUAUAGAUGCUAGAUGGGUUUGUGCACCUGAGGCAUUAUGGAGAAUUUACCAAUUUACACUUACCCGAAUGUGCCCAUCCGUGGAACGAUUACAACUCCACUUGCAAAACAGGCACCAGAUCAGGUUCAACACAAAUCAAUCUAUUGAAGAUAUCCUUCAAAUGCCACAAAACUCGCGAACCAUGCUCACUGAAUUCUUUAAGAUGAAUGUCUCUGAUCCUGAAGCAAGAAAGUACCUUUACAUAGAAUUCCCUCAACAUUAUCGGUGGUUAACAUCAUCAAAAACAUGGAGAAAAAGGAGGAAUAAGCAGAGAGUGAUUGGAAGAAUAUAUACUGCAUCUCCAAUGGAAGGAGAAAGAUUUUUCUUGCGUUUGCUCUUAAAUCAUGUCAGAGGCCCAGAAUCAUUCCAACAUCUUCGAACUGUCAAUGGAAUUGUCUAUCCGACUUUUAGAGAAGCAGCUGAGAAACAUGGUCUAAUGGAGAACGAUGCAAGCAUUCGUGAUUGUUUACAUGAAGCAUCUAACUCUAAAAUGCCAUCAUCAUUGAGAAAAUUAUUUGUCACAUUAUUGGUCUAUUGCCAACCAACUGGAGUUCGAUCUUUAUGGGAUGAAUUCUACCCUUUCAUGGCCGAAGACCAUACUUUCUCAUCUCCAUCAAAUACAAAUUUUGUGCGUGACUCGGUUCUCUAUGAUAUAGAGCGCAUGUUGAAGCAAUUAAGUAAUUCUAUAACUGACUUUGACCUCCCUGAAAUAAGCAUGCAACUAGAUGGUAACGUAGAAUUGGCCAGAGUUAUACCUGAAGAAAUAUCUGCACCAGUGCCCCCCGGAAGAUGUGCAUUGCGUAGAACAUAUUAA